AUGACUUCUCAGCGGUCUUUCCCUGCAGAUGAGUUCGGUAUCUACUAUGUCCUCGCAGAGUGUACAGAUUACUAUGACACCCCUCCAGUUAACAAGGCUGAUGAGAACCAGCCUCAUUUACAGGGUGUGACUGGCCUGCGGAACUUGGGCAACACAUGCUACAUGAAUGCCAUCUUACAGUGUCUCUGCAGCAUCUCGCCACUGGUGGAAUACUUCCUCUCCGGAAAGUACAUUACUGCUCUUCAAAAGGAUUGCAGUGAGGUUGCCACUGCUUUUGCCUACUUGAUGACAGACAUGUGGCUUGGAGACUCAGACUGUGUCUCACCAGAAAUAUUUCGGUCAGCUCUUGGCAAUCUCUACCCAGCAUUUAUGAAAAAGAUACAACAAGAUGCUCAGGAAUUCUUGAUUUAUGUCUUAAACGAACUUCAUGAAGCUCUGAAAAAGUACCACCGAAGAAGAUCAUAUGAGAAAGGAUCUGCUCUGAGAUGCUGCAGGAAGAUGAUUGCCAGUGAGACGUCCAUCAUCACCCAGCUGUUUGAAGGGCAGCUCAAUUACAGCAUCAUCUGUUUAAAGUGUGAGAACUGCACCUACAAGAACGAAAUCUUCACCGUCCUCUCCCUGCCCAUUCCAUCCGAGGAUGAAUGCUCCCUUCAGGAUUGUCUCCAAUGUUUUUUUCAGCAAGACACAUUGACCUGGAACAACCAAAUUCAUUGCUCCUUUUGUGAAACCAAGCAAGAAACAGCUAUGAGGACCAGUAUUUCCAAAGCACCAAAAAUAAUUAUUUUUCACUUAAAAAGGUUUGACAUUCAGGGUACAAUGAAAAGGAAACUGAGAACAGAUAUUCAUUACCCACUCACUAACUUGGACCUCACUCCUUACAUUUGUCCAAUAUUCCGGAAACAUCCUAAAUACAACCUCUGUGCAGUAGUGAACCACUUUGGUGAUCUGGAUGGUGGCCACUACACUGCUUUCUGCAAGAACUCAGUUACCCAGGCCUGGUAUAGCUUUGAUGACACACGAGUCAGUGAGAUUCCAGAUACUUCAGUUCAAACCACUACAGCAUAUCUCCUGUUCUACAGUUGCCAGCCCUUAUCUAUACCUAUACAAAAAUGCAAGAUCUAG